UUGCUUAUAUAUCUUACAGGUUCAUUCAUUCGACCGUGCUUGAUCUCUGUUGUUUAUAUAAUAUUCGCUCUAAUUGGUCCACUUUUGACACCUUUCUCAUCAACGCCUGUCUCGCGAACUCUUCGUUUGUACUUAUUUCUUGUAUUGCUAACCUCACUUGUUUUUGAAGUAAUCACGCAACCAGAUAUCGAUGAUUAUACGAAAACAUGCAAUAAAUCAGUGUUGAACUUCUGGUUACGACAAAUUGGAUUGAUUAGGAUUAAAUAUGGUGCUGGCUUUGACUCGAUCCGUGUAAUUCUUCCUGAGCUUUUAGCUCUUGCAGCUUCUUUUAUUACUGCUAUCUGUUGCACUAUUAUCAGCCGUAGUAGUGAUGAACAGCUUCCUUCUGUUGGGCCUUUAUUUCAAGAAACUCCAAGUGAAGUAAAACCGAAUAAACUGCGCACGGUCGGAACAGUAAUACUGACAUUCAAAAAGUUAUCUGAUGUUGCAGUAAUCUUAAUCAUUGGUUUUGCUGGUAUCAUUCAGGUAGCCUCAAUUUUCAACUUUGAUAAGACUCACAAACAUUUGCAAAUUAUAUUAGAAAUGGAAACACCAUCUUUGCUAAACUCUGUGUAUUUUAUUGCAUUUCUUUUCGUUACAACAUUUUGGGCAUCACAUAAGCCUUUUCAACGACGUUUUUAUAAUACUGUCAAACUUCUCAUAAUGUAUUACUCUAUGCUACAUUUUCUGUUGCUCUAUAUCUAUCAAAUACCAUUUUUUCAAAUCAUCAUAGGUCGAAAGUCUUUUGUUGCUCGUUUUUUAUCAUCACAUAGCAUUUAUUACAGUGUGAUUGGCUUCGUCCCAGUUUUUUAUAUAGACUGUAAUAUGUGGUGGUCAUUAAAUCUUGAUUCAUCUAAUUACUGGACAGUAUUUGUGAAUAUAUUAAUUGUUUUGGGUUUAUAUCAUUUUUUGAUUGUGCAGUAUGAUUUCACGAGAUAUGGUAUUCGUCACUCGCAAAAGACCUGUGGAAGUGCUGGAAGUAGUAUACAUGAAGAGCUGUUGGCCAGUGAAGGUGAUUCUCAAAAUCUUGGUAGUCAGGCAUUGUCUCAAAAAACUUCUGCUAGUGGGAACCAUCACAAUAUAAAUACAUUUCUUGCUGAGCCAGAAAAUCACAAAACAGAAAUAUCUCAAGGACUUUCUACCAUGAUAUCGAUUCUUUCACAUCAGUUUUAUGUUUUUUCAUUGCUGUCUAUAAUGUUGUGGGCUCUUCUAUAUCACUCUUUGUUUGGCCUCAUAUUUCUUCUGCAAGCUUGUAUUAUUUUGGUUUUUAAAAAUACCCGCCAAAUGGCAUUUCGAGCAUCACCAUUAAUUUUAGCAUAUGCUAUAUUUCUGUACAUUGCUCAGUAUAUAUAUAGUAUGGAUAUAAAACAAGAAUUACCGCACUAUUUCUAUCUGGAACUUUUAGGUUUCACUUCUGCAGAUGAUCCAGUAAUGGCAUUUCUUACCCUUCUUGUGAAGGGUUUAUUGAGCCUACCGUUGUUUGCAUUGCUUCGAUUUCAUCUUCACGAAAAAUAUUACGGUUCAACGUGUAGUGAUCGUCAAUAUCAAUUAUAUGGUAAUCCUUCAACUGUUAAUCCUAAUCUGAUAUUGGGAACGAACCUUACAACAUCCUAUCAAUAUGGAUCAGUAGCCGUCUCGUGGCUAAGAGAUUGUUUAGUGAAGUAUUGGAUUUUCGUUGUUACUUCUGUUUUGCUCAUUAUUUCAAUUCAGACCCCACCAGUUUUAUACACUGUUGGUUUUUUCGUACUCUUCGGUGUACUAAUUCAUCUAUUACUGUUUUCUCUCAACUACUUUCGCCGUAUCUUGUAUUGCUAUUACACAUUUUUGACGAUAUACACAUCAGUUGUUUUGGUCAUUUUGUACUGCUAUCAAUUCCCAGCAGUUCCAUCUAUUUGGCGAGAAGCAACUGGCCUUGAUGAAAACUGGAAUCAAGAUAUAGGUCUUAUCAAUUAUAACCAAGAAAGAAAUUCUGGAGCUCUGUUCAUUCGCUUGAUUAUACCUAUAUCACUUUUUAUUGUGGUCAUGUUGCAGUUAAAAUUUUUCCAUGACCUCUGGUGUCAACUGGUCACUGCAUCUUCUAAUGCCACUGAUGCAGUUGAGAGACCAUGCAAUGACCAAUCGAGUUUUUGCACAGGAAUGAAGCGUGUACGUAAGUGUUUGCAAGAGUCAUUCUGGAAUAUAGCCGAAGUGCAUGUAGCCAAAUUUGUCUUGCUUAUAUUGGUUAUUAUUGUUGUGAACGAUGUAUGUGCUCUCAAUCUUGCUGUGGUGAUUUUAAUCAGUUUUGCUAUUUAUAUGCCUUCGCUCUUCUCAGCUUUAUCCAUAUUACUAUGCACUUUGUUAUCAUGUAUUGCUAUACUCAGAAUGGUUUAUCAGAUGCAUUUUGUAGUAGAAGUGCCGUUACCAGUAUAUUCUAAAGAUAUAAUUUGUAAUUCAUCUGACUAUUCUUUGGAUGCUACCGCUUAUUGGCUUGGAUUUCGAAAAGUUUCAAAUAUUAGAAGUUGUAUUGGCGGUCUAAUUUUUGGUUUGGUGGCAUUUGCAUUACAAUCUAUUGUUUUAUAUCGUCAACGAUAUAAGAGAUUAGUGUCUGGAAAGACUUCUUCAUUUCAUGGAUCUAUUUUCCCAGAGGCAGAUCCUAAAAAUUGGGAUGCUAGUUUAAUUGAUAUGACAAAAUUUUUUUUCAACUAUGGAUUUCAAAAAUUUGGUCUAGAGUUGUCAAUGACGAUGAUGGCGCUAGUUGCAUGGGUACGAAUGGAUUUUUUGGCUGCGCUUCUUUUUAUCUGGUUGAUGGUUUUUGUAUUCAGCUCUCGUGGGAUGUGUCGAUGCUUGUGGCCUCUGUUCCUUUUAUAUUUAACUGUAAUGUUUCCUUUACAGUAUGCGUUAUAUGUUGGUUUGCCACCAUCACUUUGCAUAGAUUACCCAUGGAGUGACUGGCUUUCAAAUCCGCUGCAAAAUGAUAAUUUGAUAUUUUGGUUGGAUUUGGCUGAUUAUCGUUUUCAGUUAGAUGCUAAAAAAACAGUAGCUGAUUUCCUUUUGCUACUGCUGGUUGCCUGUCAGGCUCGUGCAUUUCAAAAUGAAGAGACUUCACCAGCUGGUAACAAUAAAUCUAUAUAUGUUGACAAAAAAGAAAAUGGCAUUAAAAUGGAUAAUCCAACUUAUGAUUUUCUUACUCAUCAACGAAGUUUUGUGGACUACUUGAAAAUAGUUGUCUUUAUGUAUGGGCAUUGGAUAACAAUUGUAAUGGUGUUAGUGGCUGGCUUAGGUGGAGUAUCCUUAUUUGCGCUUGGAUACAUUAUUUUGGCAUUUUGGAUGCUUUGGAAAGGAACAAGUUUAUAUGUUAUGUGUCACUAUCGCAAAGCUCUCUUCCGAUGGAAUCUAAUCCUUUAUUAUACAGUACUUGUCAUGUUUUGCAAAAUUAUUCUCCAAAUCUUUGCUUGUGCCUUUAUCGAUAUACUGAUGAAAGCUAACCUCUGUUAUAUUCGGCAGCUUUUUAGCAUUGUUUGUGUAAGCGUGAUUCCAGGUCGAACAAACAACUUUUAUUUGCCUGAAGAACAGCUGAAAUUCGAUAAUGAAUGUACGGUGCAGACUUCGGAAACUCAAAUUGGAUUUGAUGCACUAGCAUUUGGCUUUCUGGUGCUACAGAUACGGGCUCUAAACUCGUGGUAUUUCCAGCAUUGUGUAGUUGAAUACCGCUCAGAAGCAGUCCUCAUGAAUCGUGGUGCAAUACUUCAAAAUCAGUUAAUUGAGAAAGAAAUGAUAGAGCAGAAAAAGCACCAAGAAAAGAAAUUUAGAGAUAUCAAAAUUCGUACAGAGCAAAUUCGAAAGGACUAUGAGAAAAGGACAAAUAAAAUAGAUGCUUUUGUGCCUCAGACAUAUGGUCAAGCAAAAAGAGCCGGUGAUUAUUAUAUGGUUGAAUACGAUCCAUCGGAAGAUGCUCCAAACGAGUUAGUGGAAACUUUCAUCCCAGAAGUAGAUUCAGGAGCUGUUGAUUUCAACAAAUUAGACCCUGCUCAGUUGAUACACACAGCUGCGCAACAUGAUCUUGAUUUGGCUGAAACAUUGGAAGCUGUUGAAUGUGCUGAACAAAUUGAAAAUGAAGAAAAGCGUAUGAUCAGAGCUGUUUCAGAUGAAACUCAAUUAUUGGAAAAGAAGAUCCCAUCGUUCCAGUCGCAGUCUUGUAAAAAGUCGGAAUCUGGCAAACAAAUUUUAGCAGGUGCACGUUUCAUUUAUAAGAUAUUUACAUCUUCUCUUGCUUGGUUUGCUGCAUUCCUAAAUCGAAGAUGUCGUGAACAUCGAUAUGUUGCUUAUGUUCUUGGAAAGGAGCGACAAAAGUUAAAAGAAAGACUGAAGCAGCCGCUGGUCGAUGCUUCUACCCCGAUAUUUGAUGUGCGACAAGAGUUUGAGCAACAAAACUUGCAUUGUGUUUCAAGUGCUAGCGAUAUCGAAAGAUUAGAAAGUGAGGUGGAAGAUUGCUGGAAGCAACAAAAUGUAUUUGCACGCUUUGUAACAGCAGUUGGAUAUUGCAUUGCUGCUCAUACUGAUGUCAUUUGUUACCUUCUAGCUAUAAUCGACCAUGCUCGUUGCGCAGGCAUCAUUUCACUACCAUUACCACUUCUUGUUUUUUUCUGGGGUUCUUUAGCUAAUCCUCGUCCUACCUGGACAUUUUGGGUUGCUAUGAUAACUUAUACAGAAUUAGCUGUGGUUAUCAAAUUCAUUGCACAGUUUGGUUUCUUUCCAUUCAAUAAUACCGCGAACAUUAUUAAAGCUGCUAGUUCUGCUGAUUAUUUGCCUGGAAUACUUGGCAUUCGAAAAGCAGAUUAUUAUGCAUUUUGGGAUAUUGCUUUACUUGUUGCUCUUUUUUUUCAUCGUUACAUGCUUCGAAGAUUAGGUUUAUGGAAAAAAGCGGGCGAUAUGUCCAUAAAAUCUGAUAUUUCACUGGAUAUGGACAUCCCUACUACUACUGCACAUUCAGGACUCAUCAAGCGCACCAAACACUUUUUCAAUAUGCUUUUCAAUCCUCCAGUUCGAUACAUUAAAGAUUUGUAUCCUUUCAUGUUCUUGAUGGAUGUGCUAUGCGUUUUUGUUGUGUCUUUCGGUUUUUCAUCUUUUGACUACGGAGGCACAGGAAGCGUUGUUCGAGAUAUCAGCUCUAAUCGAGUUCCUAUAACUUUUGUGCUUAUGCUUAUGGUAAUAUCGCUGAUGAUAAUUGUUGAUAGAGCUUUGUAUCUUAGAAAGGCUGUGAAAUGCAAAUUUCUGUAUCAAUUAGUAACUGUUAUUUUUCUCCAUAUUUGGAUAUUCUUUGCUUUACCGCAAAUAACUUACAAACCUGCUUGGUUAAAUAAAACCGCUCAGUUUCUAUAUUGUGUUAAAUGUAUUUACCUUCUGAUUUCUGCUUGGCAAAUCCGUAAUGGAUACCCAACUUUAUGUGCAGGAAAUCUCAUUACGCACGCCUAUGGUCUCUCAAAUAUGGUCUUUUUCAAACUAUUUAUGGCUAUUCCAUUUCUCUUUGAAUUAAGAACAGCGACAGACUGGACAUGGACAGACACAUCAAUGCCUUUAUUUGAUUUUUUCAAUAUGGAGAACUUUUAUGCAAUUAUUUACAAUUUAAAAUGCGCUAGGACUUAUGAAAAGAGAUUUCCCGCUCCACGAGGUGUUGCCAAAGGCAGUGUAGUUAAAUAUUUGAUGGGUCUACCUGUAAUUUUGAGCCUUAUUCUCUUUAUUUGGCUACCACUGCUUUCAUUUUCGUUACUUAAUAGAAUCGGUAUCAUAAUGCCGCCGAAUAAUGUUAUGUUAACUCUGGGAGUUGAAGGCUAUCCUUCAAUGUUCAAAAUCGAGGCUCAAGGUAUUGAAUUGGAAUUUUUGACCGAUGGUGAAUACCUUCAGCUACAGAAUGCUUUCUCUCAGUACUACAAUUCCUCUGACGAGGAAUCAAUAAUGAGAGUUCGUCAUGCUGUCGCAUUCAUCAAGGAGUAUAGUCGUGACAGCAUUAUGAAAAUACGCUUUCGUCCUGAAUCAGACCAUCCAUGGCUUAUUUCAAAUGAUGCACUGCUUGCUAUGAAGUAUGAACUGGAGAAAGGAACUAAGAAACUUAAUGCUUAUGCCAAGCUUAAGUUCGAGCGACCGAGUAAAAAGCAUGCAGAUGAUUCUUCACAGCAUUUCUAUACCUUGACUAUACCUUUACCGCUAAAUUCAACAAUACGUAACAAUUUAACCGAAAUAGUGGACGGACAAUACAACAUUAGCGUAUUACUGGAAAAUGCUUGGCCGCCUUAUGUCAUUUUACCGAAUGAAGGAGAUGUGAAACCCGCAACUUCAUUAUUGUAUGUGAUUAGUGGAUCUAAUUUUAAUCUCAAACCAGCAUUUUGUGAUCUAUCAAUGAGGCUGACAACAUUUGAUACUAUGGAAAAUAAAGUAUGGAAUUCAGCUUUAAUUGAGAGCAAUGAAACCGCUUCGCUUACUCUUCCUCUUGAAGAUGUUAAAUAUGAAAAGAGUUCGGAGAAAAAGUAUUUGCAGAUGGUUGUCUUUGUAGAUCGUGUAUUCCCGUCAUUCCUCAGCAAAUAUGUGCAAGGAGGUAUUAUCGCUAUGUACAUUGCCGUUGUUAUGUUAGCUGGACGUAUAAUACGCGGUAUUGUGACUAGUUCUCCGAUGGAAGUCAUGAUUUCAGAAAUUCCAAAUCCAGAUCAUCUUUUGAAAAUUUGUCUUGAUAUUUAUUUGGUUCGAGAGGCAAAAGAUUUUGUCUUGGAGCAGGACCUCUUUGGUAAAUUAAUUUUCUUGUUUCGAUCUCCUGAAAACCUUAUCAAAUGGACGCGAUAUAAAGUCAAAAAAGAUUGAUU